AAAUCAAGUUGACUCAACAGAUUUAUUUUCAGACGAUCUUUGAUAAAUCUUUGGAAGAACCAAGAUUCACUUAUUUGGUCCAAAAAAACAAUAGCUAAACUGAAUAAAAUCUCAGAUGGACACUAAAAUAUUGUUCUUUUAGUGUAUUGUACCAAUUUUGUAUCCGUUUGUGCCACCUUUAACGUCGGUCCUCACUAGUACAUCAGUAGAGAUGUGUUUGCUGAGCUGAUGUUAAUCUUCUUAUGUAAGAGUCGGUUUAAUUCACUUUCACUUUAAUCCUCCGGCUUCAUGUUAAUCCACUGAUGGAGGCAGCCAACGCUCCACCAGGAACAUCUGACUCCUCUGGGUUCUGGUUCUGGGUUGUUGUGAUCUUUGGCUCCCCAGUGGAUGAACCCUGAUGAUGUCAGCGAUCUUCUGAGGUCACCUGUGGCUCCACCUACAGGUGAGGACAUUGAGCAGAAUUCUGAUUGGACGCCUGUGAAGCUGCUGCCGUUAAACUCUAAACGUUUAGCUGAAUGAUCUGAGCUGAAGUGAUUCUUCAUCAUGACGGAGGUCCGGAGUCUGCAGCUGGCAGAAGGAACAGAGUCUGCAGACAGCGGCAUCGGAGACGUGGACGACCUGCCGCUUCCUCAGCAGAUCACCGUCAGCAGCAUCACCUGCGACUCCUUCAAGAUCAGUUGGUCCAUGGACAGCAGAGGGCGGGACCGGAUCAGCCACUACUUCAUCGACCUGAACAAGAAGGAGAACAUGAGCUGCAACAAGUUCAAACACAAGGACGUUCCCACUAAGCUGGUGGCAAAGGCGGUUCCGCUGCCGAUGACGGUCCGAGGUCACUGGUUCCUGAGUCCUCGGACCGAGUACACCAUCGCCGUGCAGACGGCCGCCAAGCAGCCGGACGGAGAAUACGCUGUUUCCCAGUGGAGCGAGAUCAUCGAGUUCUGCACCGCAGAUUAUUCCAGCGUCCACCUGAACCAGCUGCUGCAGAAAGCCGAGGCCAUCGGCGGCAGGAUGUUGCCCUUCACCGUCUUCUACAGGAACCAGCAGACGGACUACUUCCUGCCAGACAGAGACGCUCAAUGUCGCCACCUGCUGCCGGCGGUGAAAGACGACAGCGGCAGCCAUGGUUCGCCCAUCAGCGGAAAACUGGAGGGAAUCUUCUUCAGCUGCAACACCGAGUUCAACACUGGGAAACCCCCGCAGGACUCUCCGUACGGACCCCACCGCUUCCAGAUCCAAGCCGACGUCCUCUUCAACCACAACACCAAUGUGUACUUCGGGGAUUUCUACUGCAUGUACACGUCGUACCACUACGUCAUCGUGGUUUUGGCUCCCGUCGGCUCCACGGGAGACUCCUUCUGUAAGGGGAGGCUGCCGGUUCUGGACCGAUCCAACAACCGCUUCCUGACCUGCACCGAGGAGGCCGAUGGCUCGUUGUCCUUCCGCCAUGCUCAGGAUGUCAUCCUGGAGGUGAUGUACACCGAGCCGGUGGACCUGUCGCUGGGAACGGUGGCCCGGAUCAGCGGCCACCAGCUCAUGAGCCUGUCCACCGCCAACGCCAAGAAGGACCCCAGCUGUAAGAUCUGCAACAUCAGCGUUGGACGUUAGCUUCACCCCAGAUAACCAGCUAACCCGCGUAGUAGCUAACAGCUAAGCUACUAAUAAACUCACCGCUCUCUCUCUGUGUGGAAUAGUUUGGUGCUGGCUGAUAGAGACCCAGAAGAACAAACCCACGGAUGGUCUGCAGCAUGUUUCAGGGUGAUGGCGCCCUCUGGUGGCCACAGUAGUGAUCACAGGAGGAGGUCAGGUGAAGAGGAGUAAAGAGGAGGUCGGGGUGGAGGGAUGGGAAUGUUCAUUUUAACCCUCUGAACUCUGAACAAUUUCUGGCUGUUUUCUGUCCUGUUUUUCUUCACUGAGGUUUAUUUUAAAGUCCUGCAGCUCUGUGGAACCAGAACAAGAAGAAGGAGAGAGAACUCAGAGAUGUUACAACGAUGGCAACCAGGACAGAAAGAAAACAGUUGAAUUGAUGUGAUUCUUUGUCUUCCAAAGAUUGAAAAACCUGCAAGCAACAUCUCCAACAUGUUCCCACAGAUGUUCCCAACACUGGAACUAAUGUAGAUUCCACAUACUGGAGAUAUUUCUAGUCCUACUACAGACAGUUUCCUCUCUGCUCUGUGGAAACAUGUCCGUCCUGUCAGCUUUAGAAGAUGUCAGAUUAGAUGUCAGAGCAGCAGGUUUCCAUCUGGUAGCUUCUCUCUGAGCUCACAUUUAAAAACUGGACGUUAAAACAGCUCAGCUACAAUAAAACUGUUCUCAUUCACAUGUUUUUCUGUUUCUGUUCAUCCAUCCAGGCAUCACAAUCUAGAGAUACGUAGAAUCUGGUUUCUGUUCUUUUCCUCUAGAACCAGCUGUGAUCAUCAGUAUUAUGGGAUGUAUCCUAGUGUGAACAGUUUAGACUCCUAGAAACAAUCAUUGGUUCCCUGGAUGUGUUUCUGGUUUCUGAUAAUUCACCAGAUAAACUUUAAAAAGGUCAUUCUGGGUGAACUUUAAGGCUCAUAUCAGCAGGUUGGGAGGUGGUUGGUAGAUCUGCAUUGAUCUUUACAGAUUUUCUGUUUUGUUUUCCAGUUUCAUGAAAGUAAAUAAAAUUACAGAUAAUACCUAGUAAAAUCACUGAAAACAGUAUUAAUUUAUAUAUUACCAAUAUGACAACAGGCUUGUAUCGGUGUUUAAUAAAUGGGAAUUCAUUCUUUUACAAAGUGAAUUUAUGCUGUUUUACUGUUUAAAUCAGCUAAAAAUAUAGAUAUUUUACAGAUGUUCACCAUUAUUGAGAGAAAAAGGGACAUUAAGGAUAGAAGAAAGACUGAAGAAAUGUUAUUUUACAGAUUUGCUGGGUUUUGUUAAAAUAGACAGAAAUAACAGUGAAUUUACGUUAUCUAUAAAAAUGAAAACAGUCCAACACUGUAAAUAAUGUCCACACCAAAAAUCUGCAUUUUUCUAAACAAUAAAUCUAAUUUAAUAUAAAAUGAA